GUUUUGGUGAGGCUGCCAUGAGAUCCAGAAACUCAGCACGUAGUGACUGAUUUUUAGUAGUCAUUUCAUAAGUAGAAGCUGGGAAAGUCAUACAAGUGAGAGGAGACAUAUGUGUGGAUACAUGUGUAUGUCUCUAAUUAUUGGAAAGGACUAGUUUGUUAGCAUGACAAACCAUCAUAUACUGUGGUGUAAUAAACUUAGUAUUAAAAUUUGUGUGUAGAGGUACUUUUUAGAGCAAAAUUAAGACGUUGUAGAAUCAGGUUUUAUUACAUGGCACGUUGUAAACGCUAAGCGAGUAAAUGUUGUCAAACUCAUUAUAUAUUUUGUUUUUAUUUCUGAGGGAAAAGGUAGCAAAUUGACAUCAACAGUGAAAUGGCAUUUAUAUUAGUAUCUGGAUGUGGAAUAUGGACUGUGUUUUGUCUCUGAGCUGAGAUCCUGUUUUACUUUCUGUUUCAGGUAAUAGAGGACACAUCUUAAAACUGAGUUGCUCUAAGAACUGAUGCCUAAAUCAUCUCAGCAUGGCCUAUAGAGGAGGAGAUGGGCCCGGCCAGCCUCUGUCAGCUACAUUCCCUCGGGUUAGCCCUGGAGGUCUUUCCACAUUUAGAACACGCACCCAUAAUAUAUGCAUGGUAUCUGACUUUUUCUACCCAAAUAUGGGAGGUGUGGAAAGCCACAUUUACCAGCUCUCUCAGUGCCUGAUUGAAAGAGGGCAUAAGGUUAUAAUUAUCACCCAUGCUUAUGGAACUCGAAAAGGCGUCCGUUACCUCACUAAUGGCCUCAAAGUCUAUUACUUGCCUCUGAAGGUCAUGUACAACCAGUCUACAGCCACGACCCUCUUUCACAGUCUACCAUUGCUCAGGUACAUAUUUGUUCGGGAGAGAGUCACGAUAAUCCAUUCACAUAGUUCUUUUUCUGCCAUGGCCCAUGAUGCUCUCUUCCACGCCAAGACAAUGGGGCUUCAGACAGUCUUCACGGACCAUUCCCUUUUUGGAUUCGCUGAUGUCAGCUCGGUGCUUACAAACAAGCUUCUAACUGUGUCUCUUUGUGACACAAACCACAUCAUUUGUGUCUCUUAUACUAGUAAGGAAAAUACUGUAUUAAGAGCAGCACUGAAUCCUGAAAUAGUGUCCGUCAUUCCCAAUGCUGUAGAUCCUACUGACUUCACUCCAGACCCAUUUAGAAGGCAUGAUAGUGUAAUAACUAUUGUUGUUGUCAGCAGACUUGUUUACAGAAAAGGAACCGAUUUGCUCAGUGGUAUCAUACCUGAACUCUGUCAGAAAUAUCCAAAUUUAAAUUUCCUAAUUGGAGGAGAGGGACCAAAGAGAAUCAUUUUGGAAGAAGUUCGGGAAAGAUACCAGCUACAUGACAGGGUGCGUCUUUUGGGAGCUUUAGAACACAAGGAUGUUAGAAAUGUCUUAGUUCAAGGACAUAUUUUUCUUAAUACCUCCCUUACCGAAGCAUUCUGCAUGGCGAUCGUGGAAGCAGCCAGUUGUGGUUUACAGGUUGUAAGUACCAAGGUCGGUGGAAUUCCUGAGGUGCUUCCAGAAAAUCUUAUUAUUUUAUGUGAGCCUUCAGUAAAAUCUUUGUGUGAAGGGUUGGAAAGAGCUAUUUUUCGACUGAAGUCGGGGGCAUUGCCAGCUCCAGAAAAUAUUCAUAACGUAGUAAAGACUUUCUACACCUGGAGGAAUGUUGCGGAAAGAACUGAAAAAGAAAAGGAUUUUUGCAUCUUUGGGCUGAUUGAGAACAUAAGUUAGAAUUCAAAAUGUACGUGAUAAAAGUUGGAAAAAUGAUCACAGAUAAAAAGCAGCAAUGGAGAAUUUCCAAAAGGACAGGAACAGGAAAUAGAUUAACACCCUGAGGUGUAUGACCGGGUGUCUCUGGAAGCUGUGUUGCCAAUGGAGAAACGACUGGACA